GUUAAAAAAUGUAAGAAUUUAGCAGAUGUGAAAAUAUACGAUAACGAUAUUUUAGAACAAAGAAAAGGAUAACACGAAAGAAUAUUCUUUUUAAACGGUGUAUCAAUUUUGCGUGAAAAUGCCGAUACUUUCGGAUUUAUCUCGUCGAUUUCAUCUGUUAACAACCGAUGCGAAACCUGAUCCACCACGGCUACCGAUCAAAGGAUAUACGCACAAUUUAGAACCAAGUGCAGUAAAUGAAAAAACGAAGAAAACAGAAUUCGUAUCUGCCCCUACGACUGAAAGAGAGAAAUCCGUCUUAAACGACACACUGCCCACGAAUGCUGAUCAUUCCACUAGAGUAGAAAACGAUGUGGACGAUGGAAAAACGUCCGCGAAUGAAGCGAAACAACAGAAGAAACCAAAUGUUCGAACGAAAGCGAAGUCAAAGCAGUAUAAAAGUUCCCAAGGGACACAUGUUGUGAAUUACAAUAUAAUUAAUUCGAAUGGUGUGAAAAUUGGCGCAAGGACUAGUUACAUCUGCAAUAUUAAUCAAUUUGACAAGAAUAACGCUGAAACGACAGAAGAAUCAUGGUUGAAAUCGAAAUCGAAGAUUCGACAAAUGCCAGUGGAAGUACAACGAUUAUGUGCUUGCACCGAUGAGAUUACUUUAGACGAUAUAUUUGUUAUUAAAACUUACAUUGGACGCGGUUGGAAAGAUGUUGUUAGAAAGCUAUUAUAUGCAGAUGGUCAAAUCGACCAAUUCGAAGAAAAUUAUAGAUUCAAAGGCAUAAGCGAAGUAAUCUAUCAAAUAUUUCUCGAUUGGAAGCAAGCUAACACAAAAAAUGCAAAAAUUGGUAACUUGGUAGAUAUAUUGUGGUCUUGUAGAGAAUACGAUUGUGUAGAGCGUUUAGUCUCUGCCCACGGGAACUCGAUGUAG